UUAUUUAUUUAAUACAAAUUGAUAAAAAAAUUAGAUAAUUAAGUACACAAUGUAUAAUUCUUUUCAUAUGACUGAUAAUAAAAUUUUUGAAUAAUAAUCAUAAAUAUUAAGGUAUACGCACUGAAAAAAAAAUUUGGUUGAAUUAAGUGGAAAUUUGGUUGAUGUAAACUAACGGUUCGGAUUCUAGUUGAACCUACUAAAUUUCUAAUUAAUUUAACAAAAGUUCUUGUUGAAUUAAUUGGAAAUCUGAUAGGAUCAACUAGAAAUCUAAACCGUCAGUUUAAUUCCAGUUAAUUUAACAAGACUCUUUUUUUCAGUGUGUAAAUAUUAUAAGAAAUAAUUAGAUAUGGGGUUUUGUGAAAACUUACAUCCCGGAACUUAAAAAUAAUAAAUUAUACACUAAUUGCAAUGAUCAUAAUUCUAGCAUAACACAUUUGAAUGAAAGUGUUAUGCUAUAAUUAUAAUUAUCGCAAUUAGUGUAUACUUUAUCAUUUCUAAGUUUCGGGAUGUAAGUUCCGUGAUAAAAAAUGACAUUAUCUAAACGAUUAAAUUAUCACCAAUGUCGACUAGAAGUUAUAAGUGCGUCUUGUACAAUAACGAUGCCGUAAUAGUUUCUCGACUUUAUAAUGGUGUAUACAUAUAAUGAUGUGACUUCUUAUCUUUUGUUAUUACAUUAUAAAUGAAAAAAAUUAUAUUGUAUCAAAAUAAAACCAGUGGGGGUUAAAUCAGUUAUAUAAUGUCUUCAAAGGAUUGAAAGGGAUUAAAGUCUCUCCUUGUCGCUGUGUCACCGAACACAUUUUUUACUUUUUAGACAAAAUCAUUGCAGAACGAAGUCAUUCUUGUAUCAGUAAUUGACAAUAAUUUAUUACGUUAGACAUUUGCUUACACGUUACAAAAAAAAAUUAAAUUAAUUUUGUGAUUUUGAAGUGUCAGUAGUUUAACGAUGUAUCUACCAAGCAAUAUAUUUUGUUGUUUUAUGCUUCUAUUUGUUGUUUUGUCAUCUGAGUUUCAAGGAAAUUCUACAAAAAAUGAUAAGCAAAAGAAGAAUUCGAUGGUGCAUAUUAAUCUUUUUGAAAGCUCUAUGAAAUAUUCAAAUGACAAAUCGAGUCAACACAAUGCAAUAAAAAAUUCUAUCAAAAAUAUUGAAAUGCAAUAUAAGCUCUAUGUUAAUUCUACAAAAAAUAAUAGAAAAAAUGAUAACAAUUCGAAACGAUAUGAAUCUCGCAAAUAUAUCAAGGCAGAUUGCGAAAGAAGUAAGCAGAUGGAACUUGAUGCGAAUUCUACAAAGAUUAACGACUCAAUGUUACAAGAAAUUGAGUAUCUCUUUAAGGCCAAAAACGAAAGCAAUUUCACAUCGUGCAAAGACGAAAAUUUCCAUACAAACGACAAUAUUGAAGUCAUCUUUGUUCCAAAUGAAGAGUGUGACAAUGUGUCUUGCAUUCAGCUCUGCUGUCCUUUUACUGAUAAACUUACGAUGGAGGGCAAUUGCGUUGAAAAAGGAAACGGUAGUUUCUUUUUUCCACCUUUUAUCGCAUAUGCGAAGGCUUCUGAGCAUGUAAUAUUUAACGUGACUUUCCACAAUCCAUGCGUUUUACAAGAAUUUCAACACAGUGUACUUGAUCUCAAAAUAUAUGACUUUUACGAGAAUGGUACUAUAAGAGAUCCAAAUACUCACAAAUUAAUUUCAUCGACAGACUACUGCUUUGCAAUUUUGAAUCAAAGUAAUUAUGAUGUGAUUAUCUGCAAUAAGACUAAAAAGAAUGAAAAGAAUGAAGAAAUCAAAUUUCAUUUAUAUAUAUAUGGCACGUGUGUGCUAGUGCCUAUGUUAUUUCUGUUAUUGACGUUUGUAAUGUAUUCAAUAUUGCCAGAGCUCAAAAAGAUCCCUGGUUAUAUCUUAUGUGCACUCGUUGCCUCAUUAUUUAUUUUGAACGCAAUGUAUAUUUUUUUAGCUAUCUGUAAAAUUAAUCAAACUGAUCAACAAGUUUUUAUAUUAAUGGAUGACACAUUUUGCAUUAUAUUAGUCUAUAUUUGGAAUUUCUUUUUUUUGUCGACCUUUUUUUGGCUAAACGUAACAUGUUUCGAUAUGUGGUACUCAUUCAGAAAAUUCGGUUUACAUCAAACAGAUGUAAAGCAAGAAAAAAAAAAUAUAUUUAUGAUAUAUUCGAUCUAUGCGUGGGGAAUGCCUUUGAUCUUUAACAUUAUCUUUGCUAUUUUGGAUUAUGUUAAAAUACCAAAUUGGCCAAAAAAAUGUCUGCAAAAGUUUUCAUUCAAUAAAAAUCGAGGAAUAAGAUUAUUUUUUCUUGUACCUGUGGGUGUUACUCUUAUCAGUAACGUUUGUUUCUUUAUUGCCACAGUUAUAAUUAUGUACCAGUAUAAACGUACAGCUAAAAAACCAAGAAAAUCACCGAGAAAAAAAUAUAGAAUUAAUAAUGAAGAUAAUGAAGAUAAUAAAAAUAAUGAAAAUAAACAGAGGUUGAAUAUGUGCCAGAAGUUAUUCAUAAUGAUGGGAGUAGUGAUGGGAGGCGGGAUUUCGGAAGCAACAAUGUGGGUGUUCGAUGAUGAUUCUUUGACGUUGGACAUCAUUGAUUAUUUUUUGACUACAAUGAAUACUUCACAAGGUCUUAUCAUUUUUAUCUUAUUUGUGUGUACAAAAAAUAUAAAGGAUAUAUGUUGCUAAAACAAUUCGACGGACUAUUUGGUAAAAUUUGAAUGUACAACGAGAGCACAGUGUCGAAAAUCACUAUCAACAUCAGCAACUGUAGUCAUGCAAGAAGUUAGUCAAUCUAAUCGACAAUUACACUCGCAGACUCAAAUUUGCCAGUUGGGUUGACAAUAAAGAUCUAAUUUAUUUAUUAUUUAUACACUGGUGACUAGAAGCUUGAGAUUCACAUUAUUAAUUCUACUCAUAGCAAUGAAAUGUAAAGGAGAAUAACUUUUAUUACAGAGUUAGCAAUUAAUCAGCCAAAGAUUGAUCUUGCAUUAUUAUUAAUGUAGUUUAUUGUUAUUUUUGAAACAACAAUAUAAUACAUAUGUUUAGUAAA